AUUAAUAAAUACAUCACUGAUCGAAUUUUUUUAUUUAAUAAAAAAACUUCCAUGAGUUUACGUAAGUUUCUUUAACAAAAAAUCUGAUGCUUUCCAUUUGCCCAAAUCAUUUUAUCUGUACAGUUCCCAAUAGAGUUUGGUACAAACUGAUGCCCAGUAACCGUUAUCUGUUUUCUUUUCUCAGCUUCUUUUACGGAAAGUUCCAGGAAGGAAAGCGAUUCGGACCUCAGAACAGUCUUGUGGGGUGUGCUAGUUCUUAUUACCAGAGGAAUACUCGCUUUGAUUCUAUGAUAUGGAGGAUUGAUACUGCCCUCAACCACACAAGGCUUGUGUGUGGAACCCCCCCAACUAUUAAUGACUUCAACAUCCAGUCACUAAUUGGUGAGGGUUCAUUUGGAAAGGUCUAUAAAGCCAAAUACAGAGGAACAGGAAGGAUCGUUGCCAUUAAGACUACUAGUAAUAGUAAUUUGGAUGAACCUAAUGCAUUUUCUAGUGUUCUACAUGAGCAACGAAUCCUCCUGCUGGCAAAGAAGGAGAACUGCCACUUCCUUACCAGAUUAUUCGCCUCUUUUCGGACGGAACAUUACACCUGCCUGGCAAUGGAUUUUGCCGAAGGGGGUGACUUGGUAUCCCAGUUGGGCAGAAGUGGAAUCUCACAGGAAAGAACUAUAUUUUAUUCAGCCUGCAUUGUACUGGGGCUGCAGUUCUUACACGAGCGUAACAUCGCCCAUAGGGAUUUGAAGCUAGAGAAUGUAUUGCUGGACAGAGAUGGAUACGCCAAACUGACAGACUUUGGCAUUAGCAAAGAAGGAAUGGGAUUUACAGGCAUAAGCCAAACCCAAUGCGGAACAUUGGAUUAUAUGGCGCCGGAAAUGUUCACACGUAUUUCCCACACAAAAUCAGUGGACUGGUGGGCACUGGGAGUGUCCAUAUACAGAAUGCUUGUCGGCAAGAUGCCCUUUACAGGAGAGGACGACAAUGAAGUAAUAUUAAGUAUUAUCUGCUUUGAGCCGACAUAUCCACCAGAUCUAACCGUGGAAUCCUACAAUAUAAUAACACAACUAUUGAUGAAAUUCACACUGACUCGCCUUGGGCACAGCAAGAAUGGUGCAGAGGAAGUAAAGAAAAGUGAAUUCUUUCAGGGAUUAGACUGGGAGGCAUUAGAGAAGAAACAAGUGCAGCCCCCAUUUGUUCCUGAAAUAGAAAGUCCAGAUACCAGUAAUGAAGGACUCGUACUGGAACCCCCACUCUGGACAGUGGAGCUGUUGAAUGACACCAAAAUGGCUCUAAAGGAAUUAGAUUAUCCAGUAUCUUCAGAAACGGAAACGUGAACCAGCAUUCCCUCCCAACACAUCACAAACGGGUGUUGGAUUGAAGUGACAGAACCGAACUCUGGAACUGCAGCAGAAUGGACUGAGCCAGGAGAUCCAGAAACGCUCUGUGUUUUAUAAAAAGCAGAACCCUCAACUGUGGGGGGGCCCAGGGGAGAGACUGACCAAUGAGGAGCCAGAAAGUAUAUUUAUAUCCCCUGGGGCCCUGCCUGUGCCAUAUACAAGCAUGGGGGGGUGGUGGAGGGAUUUUCUGGUAGCGACUCAGGUCACAUGUGGGGUAUUUUGAUCCCCAUCUCUUAUCUGUGGAAAUAAGAGAUGCUUAUUGUUAAACCAAAUAAAAAUGGACGCCUUAUGAUUAA